AUGCGAUUCAUUACAUACUUACUAUCACUACUUUUAUUCAUCACCUUUGCUAUUUGUAAAAAAGAUUAUUAUCAAAUUUUAGGAGUAGAGAAAACUAGUUCAGAAAAAGAAAUUAAACUGGCUUAUCGACAGCUAACCUUGAAAUACCACCCGGAUAAGAAUAAUGAUUCCAAAGCUCAUGAUAAAUUUAUAGAAAUUGGUGAAGCUUAUGAAGUUCUAUCUAACAAAGAGAAGAGAAAGAACUAUGACACGUAUGGUGACCCAGAUGGUCCAGGUCACGGUCAUGGUCAUGGUGAUGGUGCCCAUGGGUUUGAUUUCGGAGAAAUGUUUGGACAAUUCUUCGGAGGUCAAAAGCAAAGAGGCCCACCAAAAGCUGAUAAUGUUCAGUUGAAUUUAAAUAUACCAUUAAAAGAUUUUUAUACUGGAAAAUUACUUGAAUUUGAUGUUAAUAUGAUGAAUUCAUGCCCAAGUUGUGAUGGUACUGGAUCUCAAGACAAACAAAGACAUACAUGUUCUAAAUGUAAUGGACAAGGUUCGAUCUUAGUAACUAGACAAUUAGGACUUGGUAUGAUUCAACAAAUGAAUUUACAAUGUGAUGAAUGUGGUGGUAUUGGAAAAGUUGUUAAACAUAAAUGUAAAAAAUGUCAUGGUCAAGGUAUUUUCAAAGGUCCAAGACAUUAUGAAAUAUAUUUAAGAGCUGGUCAACCUCGUGAUUCUCAUCAUGUUUUAAAUGAUGAAGGUGAUAAACAUCCAUUUAUGGAACCAGGUGAUUUAAUUAUAAAUUUAAGAGAAGAAUUUGAUAAAAGUUGGGGUUUUAGAAGAGUUGCAAAUAAUUUAUAUAGAACUGAACCUAUAACAUUGCAUGAAUCAAUAAAUGGUGGUUGGACAAGGAAAAUUAAAUUUUUUGGAGAUGAAGAAGGUGAAGAUGAUUAUAUAAUAUUGAAAAAGGAAAAAGGUGAUGUUAUAAUGGAUGGUGAUGUUGAAAUUGUUAAAGGUAAAGGUAUGCCAAUCAUAACUGAGGAUGAUGAUGUUGAAUUGUUUGGAGAUUUAUUUAUUGAAUAUAAAGUUAUAGUACCGGGUGGUAAAACAAACAAAAAAGAUAUAUCAAAAGAUGAAUUAUAG